AUGAGGGCGUCGGGGCCCGGCCCGGCGGUCCCCACGGCCGGCCGCGAACCCUCGACGCCCGGCGGGGGAGCCGUCGCGGCCUCGGGCGCCGCGGUGCCGGGCUCGGUGCAGCUGGCGCUGAGCGUGCUGCACGCGCUGCUCUACGCCGCGCUCUUCGCCUUCGCCUACCUGCAGCUGUGGCGGCUGCUCCUGUACCGCGAGAGGCGGCUCAGCCACCAGAGCCUCUGCCUCUUCCUGUGCCUCGCGUGGGCAGCGCUCAGGACCACGCUCUUCUCGGCCGCCUUCUCCCUCAGCGGCUCGCUGCCCCUGCUGCGGCCGCCCUCCCGCCUGCACUUCUUCCCGCACUGGCUGCUCUACUGCUUCCCCUCCUGCCUCCAGUUCUCCACGCUCUGUCUCCUCAACCUCUACCUGGCGGAGGUUAUAUGUAAAGUCAGAUGUGCCACUGAUCUUGACAAACACAGAAUUCUGCUGCACUUGGGCUUUGUCCUAGCAAGUCUUCUGUUCUUAGCAGUGGAUGUGGCCUGUGCAAUGCUAGUCCACGGGGACGUCCCAGAAAACCAGUUGAAAUGGACUCUGUUUGUUCGAGCGUUAGUUAACGAUAGCUUGUUUAUUCUCUGUGCCAUCUCCUUAGUUAGUUACAUAUGCAAAAUUACAAAAAUGUCAUCGGCAAAUGUCUACCUCGAAUCAAAGGGUAUGUCUCUGUGCCAGACUGUUGUCGUCGGCUCUGUAGUCACCCUCCUCUGCUCUUCCAGAGCUUGUUACAACCUGGUAGUGAUCACCAUAUCACAGGACACGCUAGAGAGCCCGUUUAACUACGGCUGGGAUAGCCUUUCACGUAAGGCUCGGGGAGAAGAUGGAAGUGGAGGAGACUACGUCGUCUUUGGAAUGGUCCUCUUUCUGUGGGAGCAUAUACCAGCAUGGUCAGUGGUACUGUUUUUCCGGGCACAGAGAUUAAACCAGAAUCUGGCACCUGCUGGCGUGAUAGGCAGCCACAGCUACAGUCCCAGAGCUUUCCUUUUCGACAAUCCAAGACGUUAUGACAGUGACGACGACUUGCCAAGACUGGGGAGCUCUCGAGAAGGAAGUUUAUCAAACUCGCAGAGUUUGGGCUGGUACGGCACUAUGACUGGGUGUGGCGGCGGCACCUGCACAGUCGCCCCACCACUGAGUGGACCUGUGACGGAUGCUGCUCCUUUGCUCUUCACGUGCAGUAAUCUAAAUAUGAGGAAUCACCACAGCUUAUAUGUAACUCCACAAAACUGACGGCUUUCCCACGGCAGGAGUCUUGAACUGCCUCUCAUGAAUGUGUGUUUGUAUUGGACGCCCUUAAAACCAUCUGCAUCAACACUGCAUCGUCUAGCGCAAUGAACAGAGAUCUGGAAAUCCAGCUGUGUUCCGUGGUUCGCCACGAAACACAGCAGCUGUUGUGACCUCUGCAGAGCGACAUGCGAAGUCUGGAGGAGAGGUAUUCGACGCUAAGGUGCUUGGUGACCUCAGAACCUCCUAACUCUGGAACAUCCAAUGCACAUUUGCAUGUUUGCACUUUUACCUGUGUUUAGAAAGAAUACUUUGCAGUCCCCGAAGCCACACUAGAGUAUUCACACCAGAAUAUUAUCGUAUACCAAAUUGGAAAGCAGUUUUCCACACAAAUAUCAAAACCUGGAAAUUCAACGGUGUGCUCUGUAUAGACUCCUUACCCAGUUUCAGCUUUAAAGUGUGAUCAGU